AUGUUCGUAAACACCACGAAACCUAAAACGGCGGUCCCCAGUUUCGCUUGUUCACCCAUCUGUUCAUCUGCUGCUACACUACUUCCCUACUUCCACGCCGCCCACCGCCCGAUGGUUUGUUCACUAUCACAAGCGUGCACUAGAGGAGCUUUUUGCAUCCACAAAGAAGCCAUUGAUGUACUAGUUGGAAAAUUCACGAAGCCACUCUCCAAAAGAAACAAUGUACAAAUUUCACAAAAGAGAAAUCAUGAUACGCACAUACGUGUUUUGAAAAUGAAUUUCUCAUUAAGGGCUGCUUUUGUUAGUGUCAUGCUUCUUGGUUUUGUUCUCUUGGUUUGUUCACUUGAACAAAGGGCAAGACUUAGGGCAUCUAGUGACAUGAAUGAACUAUUAUCACUAAUAUCCACACAAUCACGUCUAGUAAUCUCUCCCUCUGAAACUGAUGCGUCUACUGGUAGCAUACUAAGUUCUGAUUACUCAUUUGGGCUCUGUUGCAUGCUUUUGUUGCUUGCCGAAGGAAAUUACUCAUCAAUUGAAGAAGCAACUACCAUAGAAAAUCCUGAUGUUCACAGAGCUGCUUGGAAUUCUUUGAAGUCGGUGGAUGGUGUGCUUGUUCCGGGGGGGGGGGGGGGGGGGGUUGGUGAUAGAGGUGUAGAAGGGAAAAUCAUUGCAGCGAAAUAUGCACGUGAGAACAAUAUCACCUACCUUAGCAUUUGUUUAGGAAUGCAAAUUGUUGUCAUAGAGUACGCCAGAUCUGUUCUUGGUCUUGAAAAUGCAAAUAGCACCGAAUUCGAUCCAAAUACUAAAAAUCCUUGUGUCAUAUUUAUCCCCAAGGGUUCAAAAACUCAUAUGGGUGGUACCAUACGCCUUGGAUCGAGGAGGACAUAUUUUCAAGUAAUGUACUCUAAAGCUUCACAGCUUCCAAAGUUGAAUGUUUUGUAUGAGUGUUUUUUAGGUCUUGGUUAUAAAAUUGAUGAAAUAGUUCAAGCAUGGAAUGAGAUGUAUGAGGUUAAAAGAUGGCAAACUGGUGUUCCCUCUUUUCGCCUUGAACCACUCUUUAGGCGGAAUCACUACUGUUGGAAGCUCUUUCUUCUUUUAAGGGAGUCAAACUCCGAUUUUUCUGCUCAACUUGUUGGAUUCAUGGCAACUUUGUUAGUUGGUGCUCCUGAUCAAGCCCAUAAGAUAUUGGAAUUAGCUAAGUUUGAUUUCAACAUUGUUGUCGGACAUUUGGUUGCAUCUGUACCUGAGAUUUAUUCCCCCAAGCAUCCAUACAUAUCUGAUCCCCUUCAUUAUUUAACUGUCUUGUUGAUGUGCAUAGUGUCAAGCAAAGUAUCUUGGGGUGUUGUGAAGGUGGGUAACAAGUUCUUGUAGUUCAACUAUUAUUUGUUGAUAACUUUCAUCUCUUUAACAUUUGAUGUAUUACAUUUGUCUAUUAUUGGAAUGAUUAUUUGUAUGACAUUAACUUUUGUG